AUGACUCUCUCAGGCUUUGAAAUUCUGGAUAUUCUCGAGCUGAUCUUCUUCACUCCUGGACUGGUUGCAUCAAUUUAUGUUGUGUAUAAACAUGGCCAUCGCAAGCAGCUGGGUUGGCGGUUUCUGGUGAUGAUCUGUCUCUUUCGUCUCAUUGGAGCCUCGACCUCUCUCGCAUCCGUCCACCACCCAUCGACAGGCUUAACCGUCACAUACGACAUCAUGAAUAGCUUUGGCCUAUCCGCUGUCAUCUAUACUGCAUUGGGCCUCUUGGCGCGAGUUCAAAGUGGCAUGGAUGUUCAUGGCCUUCCUCCUCGAAUUUUCAGACUUCUCGGAUUGCCCGGUAUUGCUGGACUCGUGCUCUGCAUCCUCGGUAGCAUCAACAUAUUCAGUGACGACACAUCGGAUCAGAAAAAUGGCUUGACAUAUUUCAGGGUAGCCAUGAUCUUGUUCCUGGUGGUCUUCGUUGCCGAUAUCUUGAUCACCAUUCACAGCUACUUCCACAUUUCACAUGUUCAAAAGAGUGACCGACGACUGCUCUUUGCAGUGACAGCGGCAAUCUUCUUCAUGGCAACGAGAACAUGCUUCAGUCUUCUUUGCGCUUUCGCGAACAAUCCAAGAUACUUCAGUUCCUGGAGUUUGGAAUGGGAGGCAAUCCUGGUCCACGCAUGCCUGGGUGUUUUAAUGGAGGCCAUCAUUGUUGGAAUCUUCCUCUGGGCCGGCUUCACCACAGUACCGGCUCCCAGGGCCACAUCACCUCGUCGGAAAGUCGGGCCAGCCGUCUAUCAGAUAGACUCGGAAAGUUCUAAGCCACAGGUCUAA